GAAAAAUACCAUGAUCAAUAUUAAGCUUAUGAGUAUAGAUAAUGAAAUAGAUAUCAAAUAUGAAAUACUGUGAGUGUUUGAAAAAGUACAGUCACUUAAUGUGACAUAGUUAUAGCAUCGUGUGUAGUAAUAUUUAACUUAAACAGAACUUGGAUUAUUUUGGAGUUGAAACGGAAUAUAUGUUUAUAAAAAAAUGAUGUCUAAAAAAUGGAUAGUUUACUUUUUAUUUUAUCUAACACUAAAAAUGUGUGUAUGUUCAUUCCGAGGAUACGUUGACUUUGACGUUAGUCAAAGAAAAAAUAUUAAAAAAUUUCCAUGGAUGGUAACCAUUUCAGACAAUAAUGAAGAAACUAAUUUUGCUUAUGGCACUUUAAUUCAUGAAAGAGCUGUUUUAACAUUAUCGAUUAUGGAAAUUAAUGAGUUUGAAUAUUUUCAUUUUCGAGUAUUUGCUGAGUGUUACUUUCCCGAGCAUGUCAACAAUUUCCAUUGUCUCCAAGUUCGAAAUGUUAGUGAAUACAACAUUUUGGAGCAAUUAGAAGAUGAUACUGAAGGAAAUUUAGCUAUCCUCAUUCUUUCAGAGGCAUUCACAUUAAGUGAAACUGUUAAUAUUAUACAUUUUGCUAGACAUGACACAGACUUUGAGCAUGAAAAAUGUGCAAUCAUAUCUUUGAGGAAUUUAGAAAGCUCACAUGGACUUCAAUUGAAAGCUAGAUUGAUGACUUCAACUCAGGUCAAGAUUACCCUCAACCCAGACAACUAUUUGGAGUAUAGAUUGAAUCUCAAGUAUGAUAACUUGACGUUAUAUAAUGAUGAACAUCGAACAGAAAAGUUUAACAAUGGAACUGGUACACACAUACUGGAUUUUUCUGGAGGUCCAGCAGUUUGUAAAUCAACUCAUACCCAAGAUCGCUGGCUUCUAGUUGGUGUAAUUAAUUUUGCAAUUGUUAUCCGUAAUAAUCAAAUAGAAUAUACUACCACUGGAGAAGUCAAUCGGGUUGACGUUCAUUAUAUUCAAGAAAUAUUAGCUGAAAUUAUCAGAAGAUCAUGGUUUAUUACAAAUAAUUCUCGUCCAAUCUUAAAGAUUGGAUAA